AUGGGCAGGGCAGAAACAGCAGAACUGGUGGAAUCUGGCAGCAACCACAUGGGACAGGAACCGGUCGGGGUACCUCUGGUGGAGCUGCUGCCCAUGUACCUCGAGCUCCGGGCUGGGAGCGAGAUUGGGGCGUCUGGGGGUGGCCCUGAGCACGGUGGGAGCGUGGAAGGCGUGCUGGUGGCCCAGCCUGUACUUCAAUUGGGAGCUGCGUCCGACUCGUCAUUGGCCAAAGCUCCCCCAGACGGCCGCGUGAUUGGCCGGGGGCGAUGGGACGGGGUGGGGACGAGAUUUGUUCUUUCUGUUCUGUUUGGACGGACCUGCCUUCUCGCACGGUAUGGGACGGUCCAGAGGAGCGUGGAGCAGGCACUAGGCGGCCAGGAGCAAGGGCGCCCCAUGCCCAUGCCCACGCCGGGGUCGAGCUUGCGGUGGGAAUAA